CCGGUGGAGCCUGUUCUCACUCUUUCUUAGAGUUCGUCAUUCUCUUCCCCGGGCUUCCACAUCCCUGUACGGUGAGCAGUCUUACAAUUACCAACACCCUCGUUUAUAGCUAGAAAUAAUAAUAAUGGCUACCACUAACAAGGCUGCGUGGAAGGGCGCAGAGCCCAGCUCAGCGGCGCGUCGCCCCUCCGGGCCACCAUCCCCACCGGGUCUUCCGGCUUGCCUAAAACGCCCACUGCGUCAUUGCGUAGGCGGGAGGGCGGACUCAAGUCAAGUUCGCGGCGUCCAUUGGCUGUGCAGAGCCGAGGGAGGCGGAGCAAGGACUCCGCGUGACGUCAGGACGCCGCGGUCUGGACGUCGAUACCCAAAGAAGACUAGAGACUGCGGGGUCGCGAGCAUUUCCGCGGCUGUGUCGCUGUCUCCUUGGGCCGCUGCUGCUGAGUCCCGGGGGUGGACGGCGGAGACAGUGAAAAAGCAGUCUGGCUCCCGAGGUCCACCACUUACACCCCAAGGUCCAGAUGGCGGCCAACGUGGGUGAUCAACGUAGCACAGACUGGUCCUCUCAGUACAGCAUGGUGGCCGGGACAGGCAGAGAGAACGGCAUGGAGACGCCCAUGCACGAGAACCCGGAGUGGGAGAAGGCCCGCCAGGCCCUGGCCAGCAUCAGUAAAGCUGGUGCCGCUGGCAGCUCCGCCAAGGCCAGCAGCAAUGGACCUGUGGCCAGCACACAGUAUGUGCCCCAGGUAGAAGCCUCGGUGCUACAGCAGCAGCAGUACUACCAGUGGUACCAGCAGUACAGCUACGCCUAUCCCUACAGCUACUAUUAUCCCGUGAGCAUGUACCAGAGCUAUGGCUCCCCCUCCCAGUACGGGAUGGCCGGCUCCUAUGGCUCAGCCACACCCCAGCAGCCAUCAGCCCCCCAGCACCAAGGGACUCUGAACCAGCCCCCGGUCCCCAGCAUGGAUGACAGCAUGUCCUACCAGGCGCCACCCCAGCAGCUGCCCGCGGCCCAGCCCCCUCAGCCCUCCAACCCCCAACAUGGGGCUCAUGCUCUGAACAGCGGCCCCCAGCCUGGCACAGCCCCAGCGUCACAGCAUAGCCAAGCCGGGCCUGCCUCGGGCCAGGCCUACGGGCCACACGCCUACACAGAGCCCACCAAGCCCAAGAAAGGCCAGCAGCUAUGGAACCGCAUGAAGCCGGCCCCCGGGACUGGUGGUCUCAAGUUCAACAUUCAGAAACGGCCCUUCGCUGUCACCAGCCAGAGCUUCAGCUCCUCCGAGGGCCAGCACAGCAGCUUCGGCCCCCAGCCCAACCCCGAGAAGGCCCAGAACCACAGGGGGAGCCUCUCUGGGAAGCCAGACGAUUGGCCACAGGACAUGAAAGAGUACGUGGAGCGCUGCUUCACGGCCUGUGAAUCGGAGGAGGACAAAGACAGGACGGAGAAGCUGCUGAAGGAGGUGCUGCAGGCCCGCCUGCAGGACGGCUCAGCCUACACCAUCGACUGGAGCCGCGAGCCCCUGCCAGGGCUGACUCGAGAUCCUGUGGCAGAGAGCCCCAAGAAGAAGCGAUGGGAGGCCCCCAGCAGCCUUCACCCCCCCAGGGGGGCGGGAGCCACCAACAGGGGCGGAGCCGCCCAGUCCCAGCGAGGGACACCAGGGGCUGGGGGAGCCAGCCGAGCGAGGGGCAGCAGCUUCGCCAAGUUUGGCAACCGCAACGUCUUCAUGAAGGACCACAGCUCCUCCUCCAGCACCGACUCGCGCUCCCGUUCCUCCUCCCGGUCCCCCAGCCGCCACUUCCGCCGCAGUGACUCCCACUCGGACUCUGACAGUUCCUACUCAGGGAAUGAGUGUCAGCCUGUGGGCCGCAGGAACCCACCCCCCAAGGGCCGGGGGGGUAGGGGAGCCCACAUGGAUCGCGGCAGAGGCAGGGCACAGCGUGGGAAGAGGCACGACCUGGCUCCCAAGCGCAGCCGCAAGAGGAUGGUGGCCCUGGAGUGUGAGGACCCUGAGCGCGAGCUGAAGAAGCAGAAGCGGGCGGCCCGCUUCCAGCAUGGACAUUCCCGCCGCCUGCGCCUCGAGCCCCUGGUGCUGCAGGUGGGCGGCCUGGAGAGCAGCGGGGCUGACCCUGACUGGCAGGAGCUGCAGAUCGUGGGCACCUGCCCUGACGUCACCAAGCACUACCUGCGUCUCACCUGCGCCCCCGACCCGUCUACUGUGCGCCCUGUGUCGGUUUUGAAGAAAUCACUGUGCAUGGUCAAGUCCCACUGGAAAGAGAAGCAGGAUUACGCCUUCGCCUGCGAACAGAUGAAGUCCAUCCGGCAGGACCUGACGGUGCAAGGUGUGCGCACGGAGUUUACCGUGGAGGUGUACGAGACGCAUGCCCGUAUCGCCCUGGAGAAGGGUGACCAUGAGGAGUUCAACCAGUGCCAGACACAGCUCAAGUCGCUAUAUGCAGAGAACCUGCCGGGCAACGUGGGCGAGUUCACUGCCUACCGGAUCCUGUAUUAUAUCUUCACCAAGAACUCAGGAGACAUCACCACGGAGCUGGCGUACCUGACCCGGGAGCUGAAGACAGACCCCUGCGUGGCCCACGCCUUGGCGCUAAGGGCAGCCUGGGCUCUGGGCAACUACCACCGCUUCUUCCGGCUCUACUGCCAUGCGCCCUGUAUGUCUGGGUACCUCGUAGACAAGUUCGCAGAUCGGGAGCGCAAGGCUGCCCUCAAGGCGAUGAUCAAAACGUAUGUGCUGCUGAGCUCUCCCCCGGCCCUCCUCUCUUCCCUUAUCUGCACAUUCCCGGACGCCGGGCCUCCAGCUGCAUCCCCUGUCAUCUCUGGUCUCCCUCCUGGUCCCCUCUCCCCUUCUCUUUCCACACACAGCACCCUCCAGUGCCUCCUGCUUCCCUUCGCACAGCCCACCCUCUGUUCUGGCCCUCCUGUUUCUCCCUUCCUCCACCAUCUCUGUCUUAGUGCGCUGGGGGUCCUUCUUUACUCCCUGCUGCUGUCUUCCUCUCGCUCACGUCACCUGGGACCCUGGCUGGUCUGCUCCUUGCUCUGGGCCCCAGCCUCCCUCCCUGCAAGUUGUGUGUCUGUCUUUCUCGGCUCUCUUGUCGCUGAGCUCCUGCUCUAGAGACAAAGAAAAGAUGGUCCUGCUCUUGACAGCUUCUGGUCUGAUGGGACAGGGCCAUGUUCCCACUUGAGUCCUUCGAGGGUACAAAAAGGGUUAGGGAAAGAGGCAUGAUGCGGGGCGAACUGGACGUGGGCAGUGCUGACCCCGUCUGUGUCCUGCCGCCAGACAUCGAGGGGGACCUGUGCUGCUCAGGGCAGUGAGACUCCCCCUGGGGACAUAGGGCAAUGUUAGGACACAUCUUUUGUUGUCAUGAGUUGGGGGUGCUACUGGUCUGUAGUGGGCAGAGACCAGAGGUGCUGCUGAGCAGCUUGCAGUGCGCAGGGUGCCCCACAGCCGAUCAUCUAGCCCUCGUGUUGGUGUUGCCGAGGUUGAGAAUCCCGGUCAGGGGUCGAUUGGUCCCAGGGGCCUUGAUUGCCACGUCUGCUAACUUGGGCGCCAUGGGGAGGGACGGUCAACCUGAAGGUUAAGGACACAGUCUAGGAUCUAGUUUGGGUCAAAAAGAUUGAAGGGAAAGGCCGAGCCAGGGCAGGGGCCAUGGAAAUAGAGGACAUGGGGCAGAAACAUGGAGGGUGAGGAUGCAUAGAAUCUGGUGACUGACUGGGGGUGCGGCAGCGGCGGUGUGCCUGAAGGACCCAGAAACCCCUCCGAGUGAGUCCGCCCUGUGUGGCUGGACAGGUUCCUGCAGGGCAGUUCCCGAGCUACCGUGUGCUUGCCUUGUGGGGACACAGACAACAAGGCACCUAUGGAAGGGGCCCUGGCCUGUCACUAGCCUCAGGCUCUCAUGCUUUCCCACUUUUUAAAUUGGUACUGGCUUUCCUGGGCAGACACGUCCCUCCAUCCCAGAGUCAGGUCCCUGCACGGCAGCCAGGAGGCCAGCUCAGAUGUGGGGGACAGUAGGCUCUCCCGUGCCCCCCACCCCAUGUGGGCAUCAGUUUGGGGCAGGACUGGUUCAUGUAUUUUUUACUACUUGCUUCCUAGGUGACACUGGUCAAGUGGCUCUGUCUUUGGAUCUACAGUUUGCUCAGUGUUUAUUUAUAAAGCGUAGGGUGACAUAGCUUACAGGCGAGAAUUCAGUGAGUCAGUGUGACAGUACUUAGAACAGCUGUAUCCUGUCACAUGCCAAGUGCUCCAUAAAUAGUAUCUCUUCUGGACAAUCAGAAAUCCUGUUUUGAGUAUGUAGUAAGUGCUGGCCGACACCUGUGUCUGGGCAUUUCCAAGGCACUAGCCCAGGGUUGGGGACUCAUGAAGGCUGGGCCCCCAGAGUAGCAGUCAGCCCUGCCAUCCCAUGUGGUUCCGAGGUCACUACCUUUGCCUGGCCUCUGCCCCUCGGUCGCAGCAGCCCUGUUCUGAGGGACUGCUCAGGCCCUGUGCCAUGGAGGAGCCAGCUGGGCCCUUCACUCCUGUCCCCUCUCCUUCCCCACCCCCCGCACAGGUAAGUGAGGGUGAGGGGGGGCACAACUGGGGUUGGGGCCAUCAGCCCCACCCCGGGCCUCCCCAAGCCCCAGAGGUGGGGAGGUUAGGGGGUUAAAGGUCAGCAGGUAACGUGCUGAGGAAACCCUUUGGGUGUCCGAAGGGGGGGCACCCACUCUGGGCUUGUGGGGCCCCCCCUGCCCACCGCCCGCUUCAUCACAUUCUCCUCUUGUCUCCGUAGCUUCCGCCCUGCGCUGCCCGUCUCCUACCUGCAGGCCGAGCUGGCCUUCGAGGGCGAGGCUGCCUGCCGGGCCUUCCUAGAGCCCCUGGGCCUGGCCUACUCGGGCCCGGACAACACCAGCAUCGACUGCCGCCUCAGCCUG